AUGUCCAGCAGGCUAUUUUUCGAAAGGGGACUUUUCAGCAGUGGUAAUAUACACAGUACCCGCUUCACCAAGAAGGACAAAAAAUAUUUCAUCGUCAAGAAACCUGACAUAUGCACAAACGUAAUCAUCGUGCCCAUGUACAGAGACAACUACGCCUACAUUUUUUACGACGAUAAGGAUGAAGGAGUGGCAGUGGACCCAAGUGACCACAACGUCGUUAACGAAAUCGCGGAAAUGGAAAAAAUAAAAAUAAAAAAUGUGCUAUGCACACAUAAACAUGCUGACCAUAAUGGGGGAAAUAGCUAUUUUUUCAACAAAAAAAUUAACGUGUACGGAAUUAAAGAAAAGGACAAUAAAUACAUAAAUAGCAAUCUUCAAAAUGUAAAGACUUUCCAAAUAAAUAACUUUAAAAUUUCCACAUUUUUGUCACAUUUUCAUUGUAACAAUCAUAUUUCAUACUUAGUGGAAAAUGCACAAAAGGACUCUUCAAAAAAAAAAAUAUUUUUUACGGGCGAUUUUUUGUUCAUAUGUGGACUGGGCAAAAAUUUUGAAGGCAAUAAUUUCGACUUGCAUAAUUCUGUGCGCAAUUUAAAAAGCCUACAAAAGGACGCAGCGAACAUUUACGUUUUUUGCGGACAUGAAUAUACACAAGACAAUGUGAAGUUUGCGUUAAGUGUAGAUGGGGUUAACCCCCAUUUGGCUGCCUUUCAUCAGCAACUUUUGGCAAACGAAGAUCUGCUUCCCACCGUGCCUUCUCUCCUGCAAGAUGAAUUUGCAUACAACCCCUUCUUGCGUUGUGAUGAGGAGUACAUACAAAACGAAAUUAAAAAGUACGCCAAAAGGAACCAUUACGUCAUUAGUGCCAAACCCGAAUACAUCUCUCUUUUGCGCGUCAUGAAGGAUAACUUUAAGUGCUGCUGAGGGGUAUGCGGCGCGCCUCAGGCACCGUUUUGCCCGCAUGACACGUGGCCAUACCGCCUCGUCACGUCACAUGAGCAUACCACCUGGUCGUACCGCCUCGCCACGCUGCCUUACCUCGCCGCUUCGUCGAGCCACCCCCCAUUUUGCCACUUCCCCGCCAAGGGCUUCUCAACCAUUUCAGCCCUCACCCGUCGCAACCUCCUCGAUGCCCGCCAUGUCUACCAGACGUACAGCGACUUUUGCUCCACAUGAACGGUGGAAAAAGUGCUUAAGCGGGGCAAGCAAAGGGGGUGGAAAAAAAAAAAAAUUCGUGCAGGGUCGUUUUGCGAGUCCCCAAAUGGGUGCAAACCGGGAAAGGAGCUGCUUGCCAAGAAGUGCAUACGUAUGAGAUCAUCCAAGUGAGCUCAUCCAAAUAAGCUCAUCCAAGUAGGCUCAUCCAAAUAAGUGCUUACAAACAAGUGCAUACCUACCCGUCUGCUCACGUGCACGUGUGGUAAGCGCCGCAUGCUCGCAUACACCCCCCCUAGCACACCCACCGCGCAUACACGCCGCUUACACGCGCACAUUGGAAUGUGCGACCACUAACUGUUGCGCGCGCGAGGCUAACGGUUACGCCCCUUGAUACAAACACUUGCAUAUAAAGCUC